CUAAACACAACCACAAGUACACAACCAGUUCGACAGCCAAUCAGAAUCCUCCACAUCCCCACUCGCCGGCGAAGGCCUCUCCGCCCGCCGCCACAGCUACCAUCGCCGCUGUGUAUAAAUAUAGUAACCGUAUUUCUCGGGCUUGGGGGUUCGAUCAGCUGCUUCGCUGAGCACCGAGGGACCAGAAAAUGAACUUUGUAACUCAUCGGAGAGAGAGCGUUUAAAGCCGCCCACUUUUUUUCUCCCGUUAUCAAAACGAUGUCGUUUCUUAGACGGAGGAAGGGAAAAGCCGCUUCCGACUCAGAGCCGCCGUCUCCGCCGAUUGGCGACGAGAGCGAGAAAGAAAAGGAACCGCAAACGCAGAAGGGGCAGCAGCAAAAGCACACUCACAAGAAAAAUGGCGGGGAAAAGCAGCAGAGGUGGUCGUGCGUCGACAGCUGCUGCUGGUUCAUUGGGUUCAUAUGCUCGAUCUGGUGGUUCCUGCUCUUCCUCUACAACGCAAUGCCCGCCUCGUUUCCGCAGUACGUGACGGAGGCGAUAACGGGGCCGAUGACGGACCCGCCGGGGGUGAAAUUGAGGAAGGAGGGGCUUACGGUGAAGCACCCGGUGGUGUUUGUGCCCGGGAUUGUCACGGGCGGACUCGAAUUGUGGGAAGGGCAUAGUUGUGCAGAUGGAUUGUUUAGGAAGCGGCUGUGGGGUGGCACAUUUGGUGAAGUGUACAAAAGACCGUUGUGCUGGGUUGAGCACAUGUCUCUGGAUAAUGAGACUGGACUGGACCCUCCAGGUAUAAGGGUCAGGCCUGUUUCUGGCCUUGUGGCAGCUGAUUACUUUGCACCAGGUUAUUUUGUGUGGGCAGUUUUGAUUGCAAAUUUGGCUCGCAUUGGAUAUGAAGAGAAAACAAUGUAUAUGGCGUCAUAUGAUUGGAGACUAUCGUUUCAAAAUACUGAGGUUAGGGACCAAACUUUAAGCAGGAUAAAGAGUAACAUAGAGCUUAUGGUAGCCACAAAUGGCGGUAACAAGGUGGUUGUUAUUCCUCACUCAAUGGGUGUUCUGUACUUUUUGCAUUUCAUGAAGUGGGUUGAGGCACCGGGACCAGUGGGUGGUGGGGGUGGGUCAGAUUGGUGUGCGAAGCAUAUUAAAGCUGUAAUGAACAUUGGUGGACCCUUUCUAGGGGUUCCAAAAGCCAUUGCGGGAAUUUUCUCAAUGGAAGCCAGAGAUAUUGCAGUUGCCAGGGCUUUCGCACCAGGUGUUUUGGAUAAGGAUGUUUUUGGCCUCCAAACCUUACAACAUAUGAUGCGAAUGACCCGUACAUGGGAUGCAACCAUGUCAAUGAUACCAAAAGGCGGGGACACUAUUUGGGGUGGCCUUGAUUGGUCACCUGAAGGAUACUGCAAUUGUAGUGCAAAGAAGGUGAAGAAUAACGAUACAAACGGUGCAGUUGAAAAGAUAGUAAAUUAUGGGAGGAUUGUAUCAUUUGGGAAAGAUGUAGCGGAGGCUGAUUCCUCCAAGAUUGAGAUGAUCGAUUUUAGGGACGCUGUGAAGGGUAAUUACCUUGCAAAUGCUACCCAGUGUGAUGUAUGGACGGAGUACCAUGAAAUGGGUGUUGGUGGUGUCAAAGCCGUUGCAGAUUACAAGGUCUACACAGCUGGAUCAAUUUUGGAUCUCUUUCAUUUUGUUGCCCCCAAGCUGAUGGCACGUGGGGAUAAUCAUUUUUCGUAUGGGAUUGCCGACAAUUUGGAUGACCCAAAAUAUGAACACUACAAGUAUUGGUCGAAUCCCCUAGAAACAAAAUUACCAAAUGCUCCGGACAUGGAGAUCUAUUCCAUGUAUGGAGUUGGAAUCCCGACAGAGAGAGCAUAUGUAUACAAGUUAACUCCUAGUGCUGAAUGCUACAUUCCAUUUCAGAUAGAUACCUCAGCAGAGGGUGGAAGUGAGGACCCUUGUUUAAAAGGUGGAAUAUUUUCCACUGAUGGCGAUGAAACUGUUCCUGUUCUGAGUGCAGGUUUCAUGUGUGCUAAAGGUUGGAGGGGUAAGACCCGAUUCAAUCCUGCAGGCAUCCCUACUUACAUAAGGGAAUAUGAUCAUGCUCCUCCGGCUAAUCUUCUUGAGGGACGAGGCACCCAAAGUGGUGCUCAUGUUGACAUAAUGGGGAACUUUGCUUUGAUCGAGGAUGUUUUAAGAGUGGCAGCAGGUGCUACGGGAGACGAAUUGGGCGGAGACAAAGUGCACUCUGAUAUUUUCAAAUGGUCUGAAAGAAUCAACUUAGAUCUCUGAUUUACAUGGUUAUCCGGUGCUUCAAGAUGCACCUGAUGAAUUAUCGGCUUCCAAUGGUGUCGGUUGUGAUUAAAGCGCCAGUUCAUGUACUUUCGUUGAAGCCUAAGAAGUGAAUAGCAAAUUGCUGAAACAAACACUUUCAAGAUUAUAUUGUCAUGUAUCUGUACUCUGCAGUCUUGAUAGCUUCAAGAAGCCAAGAAACGGCUUCAAGAUUCGGAUCAAAUCGGAUCCCACGACAUGCCUGGCUCCUACCAAUUUAGGUCUAGCUAACUUUACAGUUGAUAUAUAGCUGGUUGGAAUUUUGGAUGUUCGAUUAAUUUGUUGGAAAUUGCCUAUAAAUCCAUUUAAUUGACUAAUGUAAUGCUUCUCCAGUUCUAGUACCUGUAAUUAUGCAGUAUUUCACUGCUCCAUAGCCUUUGUUAUUUUCGUGAACAUAUUUACAACAUUUUGGAAAUCUUCACAAAGAUUUUAUA